AUGACCUUUGCGUUUCUGCACUCGAUUUGUGCCCGGAUCGUUGCAACACCAGAAGGGGACAACAUCCACAAUGCUUGCCUGCGUUACGGAGAUUGGCGUGGCCACCAGGACUACUGCCAGCCAGGAGGGUUGCUCGAACCAAGCUGGACAGUGACUCUCCUGGGGACCUACAUGUGCUUUUCAGCUGCCUUGAUGGAUCAAGGGACAAUCUCCUGGGAUCUUGAGGCAAGCGGAACGGGAGAUGGUGAAGGAGAGGAUCAAAACAGCCGAAGAGGAUGGUGUUGGGUGGUGCUCUGGCCUUGUCACCAAGCUUUGCGGUGGCUGACGGUACAGGAGCGGCCCAAGACAAACAUCUCUGAGGAGGAAGAAGAACGCAGAAAGGAGGAGAAGAUCCCAACAAAAACGAAGUUUGUGAACCGCGUCACCGGAGCUGCUGUGAAGUUGAAGGCUUUGGUUCGCAGACAGAUGGACAUGGUUCGCAAGCGUCAGUUGGCCCAGAACUCCAGCUUGGCCGAGUUCAUGCUGGCUCCACUUUAUGGGAUGGCCUUUGUGGUGGGACUUGAGAAUGAUCAAGUUGAGAGCUCUUGCUUGGACUUGGACGACUUUUUUGAGAAGAAUUUGAUUGAUAUUUUCCGGCCCAUGGAAUUCCAGGAGAGUUUGGAAAAGAUUUCUUCGACCAAAAAGUCAGAGGUCAAAGACCUUGAGCUUUGUGGGCCCGACGCUUUGGUGCGUGCCAGGGCAGAACUUGGUUUGCGCACCAGUGGAUGUCCGAUGAAUGAGGAAUGGAAAGAGACUUUAGAGCACUUUGAUAGUGCCAAAGAUGCAGUGGGACGGUGGAACCGAAGUUACGAUGAGGUGAACAAUGGUGAACAUACUUCAAGAGUACAGCUUCUGUGGUGUGCUGGGCAGCUUCCAUCGACAUGGAUUCAGCAGAUCAGUGACCGAAAUCAUUGGCGACUCCGAAAGGAACGGAGACGAAAAGGAUAA